GUACGGGAUAGAUUAUUCUAGAUGCACCAGUGAUGGUUUGAAAGCCGACGCUAGUCGCUACGGCGUCGUUAGUCAGUCUCAAAUUCAGUUCAGUGGAUGUUUACACACAAACAUUUUAUAAUGACGGAACGGGCACAAUCUAGGCAAAUCUAGAAACAGAUGGUACAUAACCUACGCCGUUAGUCAUUCAGCUCACAUGGUAAAAAAAAAGAAAAGCUCCUGAAUCGAGUAGCAAAAUUGUAGUGAGACCACCGCAGAUGACUGACGAAGAAAUAAAAGGUAUGUUUACCCUAUUAGAUACGGAUAAGGAUGGAUGGCUUACCUUAAAACAGUUUGAAGAACUUAUGCAGUUCAGUGAUGAUGAACUCGAUAAGGAACUAAAAAAGUACUUCACUGAAAUGGGUACAAAUAAUCGCUUAGCCUACGACGAAUUUUAUCUUUUAAUGACUAAACCCAUAGAGAAGAUAUAUAGAACUCAAGAAAAUUCUAAAAAAAUGUUGGAAUUUAUGGGUUUAUUCCGAACGAAUAACACAGAACCAUCCAAAAUCGACUCAUAAUUCAAAAUUAAACUUUGUUAUUAUAUUUUCAAAUUGGUAUAACUAUAAGACAAACACGACAGUUUUAGGCAAAUAU